ACAGCUUCAGCCUCGGCUCGGGCAGCAGCGAGUUCGAACCCCGUGGCUUUCUCCGUUUGCGUUCUGGUUUCCCUGCCCCUGGGCUCCGGGGGGGUCUUGCGGACGUUCAGGCUUUGCAGCAUCUCGUGGCCUCCAGGAUGCCGGUGACCGAGAAGGACCUGGCGGAGGACGCGCCGUGGAAGAAGAUCCAGCAGAACACGUUCACGCGCUGGUGCAACGAGCACCUCAAGUGCGUGAACAAGCGCAUCGGGAACCUGCAGACCGACCUGAGCGACGGGCUGCGGCUCAUCGCGCUGCUGGAGGUGCUCAGCCAGAAACACAUGUACCGCAAGUACCACCAGAGGCCCACCUUCCGGCAGAUGCAGCUGGAGAACGUGUCCGUGGCCCUCGAGUUCCUGGACCACGAGAGCAUCAAGCUGGUGUCCAUCGAUAGUAAAGCCAUUGUGGAUGGGAAUCUGAAGCUCAUCUUGGGCCUGGUAUGGACUCUGAUCCUUCACUACUCCAUCUCCAUGCCCGUGUGGGAGGACGAGGGGGACGACGACGCCAAGAAGCAGACGCCGAAGCAGAGGCUGCUGGGAUGGAUUCAGAACAAGAUCCCCUACUUGCCCAUCACCAACUUUAACCAGAACUGGCAGGAUGGCAAAGCGCUGGGCGCUCUGGUAGACAGCUGUGCUCCAGGCCUGUGCCCAGACUGGGAGUCGUGGGAUCCACGAAAGCCCGUGGACAAUGCCCGAGAAGCCAUGCAACAAGCUGACGACUGGCUGGGUGUCCCUCAGGUCAUCACUCCUGAGGAGAUCAUUCACCCGGACGUGGACGAGCACUCGGUGAUGACUUACCUCUCCCAGUUCCCCAAGGCCAAGCUCAAGCCGGGAGCUCCUCUAAAACCCAAACUCAACCCGAAGAAAGCCAGAGCCUACGGCAGAGGAAUUGAACCCACUGGAAACAUGGUGAAGCAACCAGCGAAGUUCACCGUGGACACCAUCAGUGCUGGGCAAGGAGACGUGAUGGUGUUCGUGGAGGAUCCAGAGGGGAACAAGGAGGAGGCACAGGUAACCCCUGACAGUGACAAAAACAAGACGUACUCUGUGGAGUACCUGCCCAAGGUCACCGGGCUGCACAAGGUCAUAGUCCUGUUCGCAGGACAGCAUAUCUCCAAGAGCCCAUUUGAGGUAAAUGUCGACAAGGCCCAAGGGGAUGCCAGUAAGGUCACCGCCAAAGGCCCUGGCUUGGAACCUGCAGGGAACAUUGCCAACAAGCCCACCUACUUUGACAUCUACACAGCUGGGGCUGGUGUGGGGGACAUCGGGGUUGAGGUGGAAGACGCCCAGGGCAAGAACGCCGUGGAGCUGCUCAUAGAAGACAGGGGCAGCCAGGUGUUCCGCUGCGUGUACAAGCCCGUGCAGCCUGGCCCGCAUGUGGUCAAGGUCUCCUUUGCUGGGGACAGCAUUCCCAAGAGCCCUUUCGUCGUGCAGAUUGGGGAAGCCUGCAACCCGAAUGCCUGCCGGGCCAGCGGCCGGGGCCUGCAGCCAAAAGGUGUGAGGAUCAGGGAGACUGCGGACUUCAAGGUGGAUACCAAGGCUGCUGGAAGUGGGGAACUUGGAGUGACCAUAAAGGGUCCUAAGGGCCUGGAGGAGCUGGUGAAGCAGAAGGGCUUUCUGGACGGGGUCUACUCGUUUGAGUAUUACCCUAGCACCCCGGGGAAAUACAGUGUCGCUGUCACUUGGGGAGGACACCACAUUCCCAAGAGCCCAUUCGAAGUUCAGGUUGGCCCUGAAGCAGGCAUGCAGAAAGUCCGAGCUUGGGGACCCGGCCUCCAUGGUGGCAUUGUUGGUCAUUCGGCAGACUUUGUGGUGGAAUCCAUUGGUGCUGAGGUUGGAACAUUGGGCUUUGCCAUCGAAGGUCCGUCCCAGGCAAAGAUCGAGUAUGACGACAGGAAUGACGGGUCGUGUGAUGUCAAAUACUGGCCCAAGGAGCCCGGAGAAUACGCCGUCCACAUCAUGUGUGAUGACGAAGACAUCAAGGACAGCCCAUACAUGGCUUUCAUCUACCCCGCCACGGGGGACUAUAACCCAGAUCUGGUCCAAGCAUAUGGGCCAGGUUUGGAGAAAACUGGUUGUAUUGUGAACAACCCUGCUGAAUUCACCGUGGACCCCAAGGAUGCUGGAAAAGCGCCCUUAAAGAUACUUGCUCAGGACGGAGAAGGCCAUCCCAUUGACAUCCAGAUGAAGAGCCGCAUGGACGGCACAUAUGCCUGUUCGUACACCCCAGUCAAGGCUAUCAAGCACACCAUCGCCGUGGUCUGGGGUGGCGUGAACAUCCCACACAGCCCCUACAGGGUCAACAUUGGGCAAGGUAGUCAUCCCCAGAAGGUCAAAGUCUUUGGGCCCGGUGUGGAAAGAAAUGGUCUGAAAGCAAAUGAACCCACACAUUUCACAGUGGACUGCACUGAGGCCGGGGAAGGUGAUGUCAGCGUUGGCAUCAAGUGUGAUGCCCGGGUGUUAAGUGAGGAUGAGGAAGAUGUGGAUUUUGACAUCAUUCACAAUGCCAAUGACACGUUCACGGUGAAAUAUGUGCCUCCUGCUGCUGGGCGGUACACAAUUAAGGUCCUCUUUGCGUCUCAGGAAAUCCCCGCCAGCCCUUUCAGAGUCAAGGUCGACCCUUCCCACGAUGCCAGCAAAGUGAAGGCGGAAGGUCCAGGGCUCAGCAAAGCAGGUGUGGAAAAUGGAAAACCAACCCACUUCACCGUCUAUACCAAGGGAGCCGGGAAAGCCCCGCUCAACGUGCAGUUCGACAGCCCCCUUCCCGGUGACGCCGUGAGAGACCUGGAUGUCAUCGACAAUUAUGACUACUCACACACCGUUAAAUACACCCCCACCCAGCAGGGUAACAUGCAGGUUCUGGUAACUUACGGUGGAGACCCCAUUCCUAAAAGCCCUUUCACUGUGGAUGUCGCUGCCCCCUUGGACCUGAGCAAGAUAAAAAUCAAUGGGCUGGAAAAUAGGGUUGAAGUUGGGAAAGAUCAGGAAUUUGCUAUUGACACCAAAGGGGCAGGAGGCCAAGGGAAGCUGGACGUGACAAUCCUCAGCCCGUCUCGAAAGGUUGUGCCCUGCCUGGUAGCGCCAGUAGCUGGCCGAGAGAGCAGCACAGCCAAGUUCAUCCCACGGGAAGAGGGGCUGUUCGCUGUGGAUGUGACCUACGAUGGACACCCUGCCCCUGGGAGCCCGUACACCGUGGAGGCCAUGCUGCCACCCGAUCCCACCAAGGUGAAGGCCCAUGGCCCUGGCCUAGAGGGCGGUCUUGUCGGCAAGCCCGCCGAGUUUACCAUCGAUACCAAAGGAGCUGGGACCGGGGGCUUGGGCCUGACUGUGGAAGGCCCAUGUGAGGCCAAGAUCGAGUGUUCCGACAAUGGCGACGGGACCUGCUCCGUGUCCUACCUGCCCACGAAACCUGGCGAAUACUUUGUCAACAUCCUCUUUGAAGAAGUUCACAUCCCUGGGUCUCCUUUCAAAGCUGACAUUGAGCUGCCAUUUGACCCCUCUAAAGUGGUGGCAUCAGGCCCGGGACUCGAACGGGGGAAAGUGGGGGAGGCCGGGCUGCUCUGCGUGGACUGUUCGGAAGCGGGGCCCGGCACACUGGGCCUGGAGGCCGUCUCGGACUCGGGAGCUCAGGCCGAGGUCUGCAUCGAGAACAACAAGGACGGCACCUGUGCCGUGAGCUACGUGCCCCUGACGGCUGGCAUGUACACGCUCACCAUGACGUACGGCGGCCAGCUCGUGCCCCACUUCCCCACCCGGGUCAGCGUGGCGCCCGCCGUGGACACCAGCAAGGUCAAAGCCUUCGGGCCCGGAAUAGAAGGAAAAGAUGUAUUCCGAGAAGCUACAACAGACUUCACAGUGGACUCGAGGCCACUGACCCAGGUUGGGGGCAACCACAUCAAGGCUCACAUAGUCAACCCCUCGGGGGCCUCCACGGAGUGCUUCGUCAAGGACAAUGCUGACGGGACCUACCAGGUGGAGUACACGCCCUUUGAGAAAGGUUUCCACACAGUGGAGGUGACCUAUGAUGACGUGCCUAUCCCAAACAGUCCCUUCAAGGUGGCAGUCACGGAAGGCUGCCAGCCAUCUCGGGUUCAUGCCCAUGGUCCUGGACUGAAGGAGGGUUUUACCAACAAACCCAACGUCUUCACUGUGGUCACCAGAGGGGCAGGCAUCGGCGGGCUUGGCAUCACGGUCGAGGGGCCGUCGGAGUCGAAGAUAAGCUGCAGGGACAACAAGGACGGCAGCUGCGGCGCCGAGUACGUGCCCUUUGCUGCAGGGACUUACGACGUCAACAUCACGUAUGGAGGAGCCCACAUCCCCGGCAGCCCCUUCAGGGUUCCCGUACAGGAUGUUGUGGAUCCCAGUAAGGUCAAGGUCGCUGGCCCCGGGCUGGGCUCUGGUGUCCGAGCCCGCAUCCCACAGGCCUUCACCAUAGACAGCAGCAAGGCCGGCCUGGCUCCACUGGAAGUAAGAGUUCUGGGCCCCAGAGGGCUCGUGGAACCAGUGAAUGUGGUAGACAAAGGGGACGGCACACACACGGUCACCUACACCCCCUCUCAGGAGGGACCCUACAUCGUCUCAGUUAAAUAUGCUGAUGAAGAGAUCCCUCGAAGUCCCUUUAAGGUCAAGGUCCUUCCCACAUAUGAUGCUAGUAAAGUGACCGCCAGUGGGCCCGGUCUCAGCUCCUACGGGGUGCCUGCCAGCCUGCCCGUUGAGUUCGCAAUCGAUGCCAAAGACGCUGGGGAAGGCCUGCUUGCUGUCCAGAUCACGGACCAAGAGGGAAAGCCCAAAAGAGCCACUGUGCAUGACAACAAAGAUGGCACCUAUGCCGUCUCCUACAUCCCUGAUAAGACUGGACGCUACAUGAUUGGGGUCACCUAUGGUGGGGACAACAUUCCGUUAUCUCCUUACCGCAUCCGGGCCACGCAGACAGGAGACGCUAGCAAGUGCCUGGCCACAGGUCCUGGCAUUGCCCCCACUGUGAAAACUGGGGAGGAAGUAGGCUUUGUGGUGGACGCCAAGACUGCUGGGAAGGGGAAAGUGACCUGCACAAUUGUGACCCCAGAUGGCACAGAGGCUGAGGCCGACGUCAUUGAAAACGAGGAUGGCACCUAUGACAUUUUCUACACGGCCGCUAAGCCAGGCACCUAUGUGAUCUACGUGCGCUUUGGUGGUGUUGACAUCCCCAACAGCCCCUUCACUGUCAUGGCCACGGAUGGGGACGCCACAGCCGUGGAGGAGGCACCGGUAAAUGCAUGUCCCCCUGGAUUCAGGCCCUGGGUGACUGAAGAGGCCUAUGUCCCAGUGAGUGACAUGAACGGCCUAGGGUUUAAGCCUUUUGACUUGGUCAUUCCGUUUGCUGUCAGGAAAGGCGAGAUCACUGGAGAGGUCCGCAUGCCUUCCGGGAAGACAGCCACGCCUGAGAUUGUGGACAACAAGGAUGGCACAGUCACGGUCAGAUACGCCCCCACUGAGGUUGGGCUCCAUGAGAUGCACAUCAAAUACAUGGGCAGCCACAUCCCGGAGAGCCCUCUCCAGUUCUACGUGAACUACCCUGACAGCGGGAGCGUGUCUGCGUACGGCCCUGGCCUCGUGUAUGGCGUGGCCAACAAAACCGCCACCUUCACCAUCGUCACCGAGGACGCAGGAGAAGGAGGUCUGGACUUGGCUAUCGAGGGGCCCUCGAAGGCCGAGAUCAGCUGCAUCGACAACAAAGAUGGGACCUGCACGGUGACCUACCUGCCCACGCUGCCAGGCGACUACAGCAUUCUGGUCAAGUACAAUGACAAGCACAUCCCUGGCAGCCCCUUCAGGGCCAAAAUCACAGAUGACAGCAGACGCUGCUCCCAGGUGAAGUUGGGCUCAGCCGCUGACUUCCUGCUGGACAUCAGCGAGACUGACCUGAGCACACUGACGGCCAGCAUCAAGGCCCCGUCGGGCCGCGACGAGCCCUGCCUACUGAAGAGACUCCCGAACAACCACAUCGGCAUCUCCUUCAUCCCGCGGGAGGUGGGUGAACAUCUGGUGAGCAUCAAGAAAAACGGCAACCACGUGGCCAACAGCCCCGUAUCCAUUAUGGUGGUCCAGUCUGAGAUUGGUGAUGCCCGCCGAGCCAAAGUGUACGGGAGAGGCCUGUCGGAAGGCCGCACCUUCGAGAUGUCUGACUUCAUCGUGGACACGAGGGAUGCAGGUUACGGAGGCAUAUCCUUGGCCGUGGAAGGGCCCAGCAAGGUGGACAUCCAGACAGAGGACCUGGAAGAUGGCACCUGCAAGGUCUCCUACUUCCCCACCGUGCCCGGGGUCUAUAUUGUCUCCACCAAAUUUGCUGAUGAGCACGUGCCUGGAAGUCCGUUCACCGUGAAGAUCAGCGGUGAGGGGCGAGUCAAGGAGAGUAUCACACGGACCAGCCGGGCCCCAUCUGUGGCCACCGUUGGCAGCAUCUGUGACCUGAACCUAAAGAUCCCAGAAAUCAACAGCAGUGACAUGUCGGCUCAUGUCACCAGUCCCUCUGGUCAUGUGACCAAGGCAGAGAUUGUGCCCGUGGGGAAGAACUCGCACUGUGUCCGCUUUGUGCCUCAGGAGAUGGGUGUGCACACAGUCAGCGUGAAGUACCGCGGGCAGCAUGUGACGGGCAGCCCCUUCCAGUUCACUGUGGGGCCGCUGGGCGAGGGCGGGGCCCACAAGGUCCGCGCUGGAGGGCCCGGCCUGGAGAGGGGCGAAGCGGGCAUCCCAGCUGAGUUCAGCGUGUGGACCCGGGAAGCAGGCGCUGGAGGCCUCUCCAUUGCUGUGGAGGGCCCGAGUAAGGCCGAGAUUACAUUCGAUGACCAUAAAAAUGGGUCGUGCGGGGUGUCUUAUAUUGCCCAAGAGCCUGGCAACUACGAGGUGUCUAUCAAGUUCAACGAUGAGCACAUCCCGGACAGCCCCUACCUGGUGCCCGUCAUCGCUCCCUCCGACGACGCGCGCCGCCUCACUGUUAUGAGCCUUCAGGAAUCAGGAUUAAAAGUUAACCAGCCAGCAUGCUUUGCUAUAAGGCUGAACGGCGCCAAAGGCAAGAUUGACGCGAAGGUGCACAGCCCCUCCGGAGCCGUGGAGGAAUGCCACGUGUCUGAGCUGGAGCCAGAUAAGUACGCCGUGCGCUUCAUCCCUCACGAGAACGGUGUCCAUACCAUCGAUGUCAAGUUCAAUGGGAGCCACGUGGUCGGAAGCCCCUUCAAAGUGCGCGUUGGGGAGCCUGGCCAGGCAGGCAAUCCUGCCCUAGUGUCUGCCUACGGUGCAGGGCUUGAGGGAGGCAUCACAGGCAUCCAGUCUGAAUUCUACAUCAACACCACCCGAGCAGGCCCAGGCACCUUGUCUGUUACCAUUGAAGGGCCGUCCAAGGUCAAAAUGGACUGCCAGGAAACCCCGGAAGGGUACAAAGUCAUGUACACGCCCAUGGCCCCUGGAAACUACCUCAUUGGGGUCAAAUACGGUGGGCCCAACCACAUUGUGGGCAGUCCGUUCAAGGCCAAGGUGACAGGCCAGCGUCUGGUCGGCCCAGGCUCAGCCAAUGAGACUUCAUCCAUCCUGGUAGAGUCAGUGACCAGGUCCUCGACGGAGACCUGCUACAGCGCCAUCCCCAAGUCGUCCUCCGAUGCCAGCAAGGUGACCUCCAAGGGGGCAGGGCUCUCAAAGGCUUUUGUGGGCCAGAAGAGCUCCUUCCUGGUUGACUGCAGCAAAGCAGGGUCCAACAUGCUGCUGAUCGGAGUCCACGGGCCCACCACCCCCUGUGAAGAAGUGUCCAUGAAGCACGUGGGCAACCAGCAGUACAACGUCACGUACGUCGUCAAGGAGCGCGGGGACUAUGUCCUGGCCGUGAAGUGGGGGGAGGAGCACAUCCCCGGCAGCCCCUUCCACGUCACGGUGCCUUAGAGUGGCACUUGGCAUCGAGUCCUGAGAAGGGUGCUUGCUGUCGCUUUUCUCUUCCCGCUUGUUUGUAAUCUCACUUUACACAAUGUCCCCGGCCUGUCAGUGGGUCCCCAACUCCAUCCCCAAACAGUUGCCGUUCAAAGUGCCUGUAGAAGUAAGUGCUGGACUUGACCCCUGAGCAACGUGGUGGCCAAAUCAUGAAUGCAGCUUAAUGCAGAGUUAGCAGGACACAGCGUGCACUCGGCCCCAGUCCAAACUCCUAGAUGCACGGAAUGCUGCAAACAGACCAAGAACGUGGCAAGACUGGUAUUUUUCCAAAAGAAAUGAGACUGAAGAGGGCGGGGCAGGGGGGGAGUGCCAGGGAAGACAGGGAAAAAGAGGAGGCCCAGUGUAGAUUGCCAUUUAGCAAAGGAAAUGACUAAAAACCAGCCUGGCCUGCCCUGUGGCAGGCCCCAGAGUCUGCCAGCCAAGGCCGUCGGGUGGUUAAUCAUCGUGUCGACACGGUUCCUCGCCCAUCCGUCAUGCUCUGUGGCCUCUCAGCAGUACAAGUGUGGGGCGAACUGGGGCAGGUGGCAUCCCGGCUGCUCCCGUAAGUCACACUGUGACCGUCUUGGGAGCCAUGGAUCUCCUUGUAUUGUCCAAGUCUGUUUCGGUUACUUGGCUGAGGAAAUUCUACAGUGGCAAGCAGCACCCCUACUUGGCCCUAGAUCUUUGUAACCAACACUAAGCCCUUGACUUUAACAUCAGCCCCGGCCAUUUGCCAGCUUGGAAAUUCUUACCAAAGCCUUUAAGGAGACCUCAGGUGGACCCAUGCGCUGUUAGUGCCUUGGCCACGAAGGCCUCUUGUGGGCCGUAAUAUGCGCGCCCACCGCAGCCAUCCUCAUGGGUCACUCUGAAAAAUAUAACAAUGGACAGGGUAGACUGAGGCGCCUGCCAACCUUCAGCUCGGGAUUUGGCACUGCUGGGGGAUGGGCAAAACCGCCUUUGGCUGUAGCAACAGGCUUGGGGGGAGGGGGUAUCUUACAAUGGCUCUGUUCUGGGCAUGACCCCAUGCCAGCCAACACUGUUUGGAGAGCAAUAGAGAAGUGUGUAAUUCCAAAGAUGGUGUGUAGGGCAUUUUGCAUGCUACCUGCAAACCUGACCUGGCCUGGGGGUGAAGCUAAUUUGCCAGGGCCAUUGUCCACAGCAGUGCCCAAAGAUGGGAGUGGGCUGGGCUGCUGGCCUUGGCAAUUCUGCUGCUCAGUCUUGAGGACUUGGUUGCUGUCGCUGUGGGUGCAGGGGGGCGGGGGUGAAGGGGAUC